AUGACGAAGGCAAAACACAUGAAAAUAGUUGUACUCGGCCAUGGCAAUGGUGGCAUAGUCUAUAAAGUUCAUCACAAGAAGAACAAUUCCCUUUAUGCAUUAAAGGUCCUACGCUUCAAUCAGAAUUCCAUUGGCAUCCGUCAACCCGCUACACUCGAGGCUGAGAUUCUUAAACGAGUGGAUUCCCCUUAUAUAGUAAAGUGUCAUGCAGUUUUUGAUAAAGGUGCAUUGAGAAGUGAUGCAGGUCAUAUUAGCUUUGUUAUGGAAUACAUGGAAGGAGGAUCGUUGCAUGAUGUGUUGAGAGAACACCAUAGACUCCCCGAGAGGGUGAUUUCUGUCUUGGCUAACCGUGUGUUGGAAGGGCUGAACUAUUUGCACGGCAUGCACAUUGUGCAUAGAUAUAUUAAACCCUCAAACUUGCUUGUGAAUGACAAGGGAGAGGUGAAGAUUUCAGAUUUUGGAGUUAGUCAUGUGGUGGAAGGAAGGUUAGAGGAAACUGACUCCAACGCUGGUACAUGUGCCUACACCUGA